UCCAGCGCCAGCGGCUGGGAGGCGGGGCCUGGCAGGGGCGUCCGCCGCCCCCGGCCCUCGGCCCGGCCGCGGGCGCCGCAUGGCCAGCCCCGCGCGGCCCGGCCUCCCCGCGCGCAGCAACAGCCGCCUGGACGCUUUCCUGCGGAGGCAUUUGCCGCCCGAGGUCUACGACAGCAUCCGCGCCUACGAGCUGUGCGUCGUGGUAUCCGACUCGGAGAAACACGCCGUAAAGUACGUGGUGCUCAGUGACCGGCUCAUCUACCUGACCGAGAACCCGCCCAAGUCCAUCCGGCGAGUCGUGGCGCUGCGGGACAUCGUGGCCAUUGACCUGAUUGAUGAUUACCCAGAGUUUUUGAGUUCACCAGAUAGAGAAACCAACCAACACAUUCGUAUCAUCUAUUAUUCAACUGUUUUAAAAAGAGAGUGUGAAAAAUCAAAAGAUGUCAGGAAAUUCUUAUUUCCAUUUCAGCAUGCCAAUGCUAACAGCAAAAAAGUCAAAGAAGAGAAUAGUGGCCCUGUCUUUUGGAGAGGCAAAAAGUCUAAAAGUCUGAAUGAAUCCUUUUUCAGGUACCACCAAGAGAGCAGCACAGCACCCAAGGACUCAACUCUCAGUUCUCCUUCAGACCUCAAGAACCUGUCCCUUCAUGGCCAAAGUGCCUGUCGACCCCUACCUACCCCCUCCAGGAGGAGCUGUCAGCUCAUAUCAACCACCAGCAAGGCUGCCCAUGUGUCAUUUUGCACAGCAAACACAAAAGAACCCCAGGGACUUUCAGAUCACGAAGACUCUCUAAGUGAAAGAACUUUCAAGUGCAAUGGGAACAGAAAUGAGUUUCACUUAGGAAAUUCCUCUCUGGCUUCCCCUUUACAGAGUAACCCAAACCUAGAGAAAAAGGAGUCAGAACUUCAUUUGUACAUUAUUUCCACAACUUCAUCAAUAUUUCUGCACUUAAAAAGUUCAUGGAACAAUUAUGUUAUAAAAGCUACUCUUUUACAAGAUCCCCUGUAUGUUAGUGAGCUCAGUCCUGCUCCUGGAAGUCAGAAGCCAUACAGAUCUGAGGAGAAAAUUAAGCACUUCGGUCAACUUAAAUCUGAACUUUUUCUUAAAGACAAUACUUUGAGGAAGAUACUUUGUUUAAUUAUGGAACUUAAAGUAGCAGCCCAGAAAAACUUCAUUCUGAAAAGGCUUUUCUGGAAAACCAGUGACCUUUUCUAUUUCCUAGUGAACAAACUUCAUGAGUACUUGCCAGAAUCUAGGGAUAAGAAUGCACUUCAAAAUAAAAGCCAAAGGGCUGAUGAGCUGGUAGCAUGCAUUGAAAUUGUACAGACUCUGGGACUGAUGUUCAGAGAAACAGAAACUGAGUCAUCACGCCUGAACACAUUGGCAGCUAAGAAGGGAACACUAUUUAACCUCUUGGUCAUUUUAAUUAGCGAGCCUCAGAUUCCAAAAUCUUGUCCUGUGUUUGACAUCCAGUUGGUGGCUGAUUCAACUUUAGCUGAGAUGUCUUUUGAUGCUGAGUUACAGAAGCUUAUCCUGGAAUAUACAGAUACAGCUACAGCACUUUUAUAUGAGAUACUUCUUGUCUUUCAGCAGGGAAAUCUUGGAUGGGGGUCAACAAAGUUUGCUCUUAGCCGGAUGAUGUCCUUUCUACAAAGUCGUCCUCCCAUAAUUACUUUUGUGGCCAGUAUUGUGAAACAAGUGGUGAAGGGGCUUUCAGCUUCAUUUCAGCUGCUAAGUCCUGGCCAAGCAGUUCUGUUAUACCAGCAGUUUUACAUCCUCAAGAGCUGCCUGCAGUACAGCAAGACUUUAGCUGAGUAUAUUAGGAAUGACUACAGAGAAGAAUUCAGGUACUUUCUUCACAUGCCAGCCUUGGAAAAAAGGCUCCCGUUAUGUUACCCUAUUACCCAAUCUACCACUCAGCUUUUUCAUGAAGUUCUAAAACUGGUUGAACAGAAACAAUGUGUGAAAUGUUAAUAAGAGUAUAAAAUGUUAACUGGAGUCAACUUGAUAUUUAUGAGAAACAUUUUUUGAUUUAAUAUCCAGCUAUUCCUGUAUUCUAUAAACAAAUAUUUUAUUUGAAGUUUCCAUCAAUACCUCUCUAAGACAAGUCUUUAAAGUUUUUAAUCUGCUACAAAAAAGAAACUGUUUAAAUCACUGACAUACAUAAAGUGGUACUAAACACUAGCAUUUUUCUAAAAGAAAGAGUUUCUAAAGACAUACAGAAUUUCUAAAGACAUAAAAGAAUCAGAAACCCACAAAGAGCAAAUGUAGAAAGUGCACCCUGCUGAGUUUUGUUGUGUAAUAAUGGUGAGUGGCAUGAAGCCAAUGAAAUACCCAGAGAUAAAUUGUUGUGGGAGUAUAAAUUACAAAGUGAUCACUUUAGAGAAAUGCUGGGCAACAGGAUCACACCCUCCUUCUCCACCUGUGAAAAUUCUAGUGACACAAGUAUUCAUGGAAUUAUGAGCAGAAGAAUACAGGUACAGCUAUAAGGAAGGUCAGUGCCUCAUUUAUCAUGGGGAAAGAAGCUUGGACUUGCUUCAACAACACUAAAUGCAUUCUGCCAUGCUGUUUCAGGAAACUGGGGGCUGAUGUGAACAGUCUCAUAGAGUUUCUAUGAAAGAGAAACUUGUCUAUUAGCAGUUAUGGCUCUUCUAGUUAUUUUAAAAAGGUCUUCACUGUAUCUUAUGGCAAUAAACUAAUUUAAUUCAAUAAAAACCUUAACUUUGGCAUCCCUGUUGAGCUACUGCAUUUGGGCUUCUAAAAAUUUAGGAACUGGGUCCUGCAUUCAACUUAUGACUUCAGGAGGAUCAGAGAAAAAUCCACCACCAAAGAAAGAGCUUCCAAGCCUGAUCUGCCUGUUCUGUGCAGCGGAGAGAGAAUUAAAUUCACUCAGAACAUCUUAUUUCUGGUUCUGGCUAAGCUACUAAUCCACUGUUUGACCUGGAAAAAGUCAGGUCUCCUUUUGGGGCCUCCUCUGCUUUGUGGAAGGAUAGGACUAGAUGUUCUCCAAGUUCUGUUCCAGCUCUAACAUUCUCUGCCUGUGAUGAGACACUUCUUAACACUCUGUAAUGGGGUAGUGCAUUCCUCUGCUACCCUGGCUCAGUGGAUGAUUUCACAUUGAUUUCAACAAUCCUGUGUUCUUUGGACUAAACAUUUCCCUUCUGGCUGUCAUCAGCAUUGUCCCAAAAGUGUCCAAGCCUUCUGCACUGUCACCCAUCCAGGACUACAAGUUGUCUACUUUCUA